GUCAACCACACACACACACCACACCUUCAUUCAAAAACCUCUAGUCUCCUCUUUCUUCCGACCUCUUCCCUCCCUCUCUCUCUUCUUUCCCCCCUCAUCCCCGACCAUAAUCAUCAACGGUCCGACGGUACGGUAAGUUUAGAGAGUUACGGAUACCUUUAUUCUUAGGUCCAUCAGAGAGGUUCAGUUCAGGAAUCAUCCCUAGGUGCCCAGGUCUCCAGGUCCAGCCAUUCUCUACAACUUAUCGUACUCAACGUGCACCCAAAUCCUACUACACACCACCACCACCACCACCACCACCAGCAACAUCUCACGCCCACGGACUACCACACUAUAAUCGUCCUCCCAUCGUAUCGCAUAAGUGUCGUCGACGACCACUAUCGCAACUCGACGCCGGCCAUUCUGUUGGCCAGUCCACACACUCAACCAGCAAAAACUCAACUCACGACUCUUUUUUCUUAAUUUUCGUCUUCCUCGUUUGCUUGCUCUUUUCUGCAUCUGUUCCUGCUUUUCCCCCGUUGGGCAUUGUGGGUAAUCAGGAAGAACAAGAAGAAAAAGAAGAGCCAGACGGACGAGAACGAAGCCGAAAGAGGAAACAAGAGAAGCACAAGAAAAGAGGAAACCAAAGAAAAAGAAGGCUAGACGCUUGGGAGAAACCGCUUGACGUUUUUUCUUCCCCGUCCCUGCGCCGGCACUAGAUAACCCAAAGGCAUUGCACUCGUUUCUCUUGUCAUUGCUUGUCCGGUGCUACUGCUGUACACUCGGAUCUUUUCUCUCUCUCUGUGUCGCUACUCAGUACCAACCAGCAAAACCAGUCUCUCUCUCUCACUUGCAUCUUUGCUACUGCAGCAGCAUCCCCUUCCUGCUCGGCCACCGAAAAAGCGUAGCUCGAGCAAAGAACUAAAAAAGGGUCGUAGCCUCCGAAACGCACCUUCAACACCGACGCCGCACUGCAGCUCCCGCACCGCAUCCGCAUUGCCUUUGCUCCUGCUCCGGCACCAAGGAUUCGGCCAGUCUUUUCGGUGCGCUCUUUCUCUACUCUUUUGUUCGAGAAGGAAGUUGCAUGCAAAAGGCGCCUCCCUCCCACCUCCGAUUAUCCGCCCGCCUUUGUCCCCCUUGCACCACCCAAGGCCCCCAUCGUGGACCGCCGGCCUCUUUCGCCUCUCUCUCUCUCCCCCAGUUAGAGACGCCGCCAACGACCUCGAUCUCGGCUUCGAUAUCGACUUCGACCUCGACCGAUAUUCUCUGGGAGGAAGAAAAAUACGUUUCAUGAAUCAAGGAGAAAUAGGGCGGAAUUUAUUUCAUCCCUCGGGUAUUCCAAUGUUACUUGCACCGACGCAAUAACGAACGGCCAGUAUUUUUUUCGAUCCCAGCUGCAUUUCUGCACGCACCCUUCCGAAAAACCCCCGCCGCCGCGAAAUCCCACCAAGCCAACAUCGACGCUCGAUUCGAGAUCGAAGAAGAUUCUCUCCCUCCAGCUUGCAUCACCGCCGCCUCCCGAUUCAUACUCGUCGCGACGUCCUGUUCCCUCUCCAUUGAGUGGAAACGACUAAAACAGAAAUUCAUCUUAGGAUUUGCUGCAACAUUCGUUUAUUGCGGCCUCUUCUUAACGAUCGUCCCUCUUUCUUCGUCACGACAUAUCGAGUAUCGUCUUGGACGCAGCACUCACACCAAACAAAAAAGAUACACCACUAACACCCAUCACCACCCGCAAUAAAUACUUUCGUUUCCCACGAUCGGAUCCCCACAACCACACACCACAAUCAUGGAGGCUUCAUCACCAUUGGCGGCUAUGCACCGUCCCAUGGCAGUUCCUUCUUGGGGAAAUAAGGAUCUUUUCCGCCCUCGCCCAAACACCUUCGCUGGUGCCGUACCCAUCAGUCUGCGCGAACACCUUCACAGGCCCGACAACUACUUCAACGUCAAGGACGUUCACGGUUCCUCGCCCGCUGCUAGCUUGGCCGCCGACCUCUCGCAAAACUUCCGUCUGGAUACCGAGGCGAGUCCCAAGUUCCCCACACCUCGUCGUGCCUUGUUCACAUCAAACAUGAUGGGUGACGCGGAUUCCUACGAAUACGUGACUACGCCUCCUCUGCCCGAAUCGUCACCUGCCCACGAUUUGAUGGAUGUCUCGCCGUUGCCGCACAAGCUCCCGUUCAUGACCCAGAUCGCGAUAACGUCACCGACCCCGGGAUCAACCCCAACCGGCGAGGACGACGAGAUGAUGUUGGAUUCGCCAGCCCCCAUUCCUCGGCAGGCGUCGUUGGAGCCACCCAAGCCACUGGUAGCCGAACGGAGAAAGCCAGCUUUGCGCCGGCCUUCCUUGACUCGGAUGAAAGGCUACUCGACUAGUGGCGUUCCCGGCCGUUCCAACACAGACACCCAACUCCCCACUUUCCGAUUUGGUGAGAAUCGCUUGACGCAUAUGAACAGCGCCAUGUCCCUGGGAGAAUGCUUCGAUGCUACAUCACCUCCUCAAGAACGACGACCUCAGACUGCGAAUAGCCCUACUCCUGCCGUGCCUGGUGCCGUUCGUCCUCGUCCUCAAUUCUCCAGCCUCUCUGGUAACCGCAACAGCCCUUUUGGCAACGGUCACAGCCGUCGCCCUUCAAAUCCCUUUAUGCGUCCCCGCAAGCAGUUCCGCCGCUCUUUGAGCAUGUUUGAGCACCCUGGCGAUGUUGCCAAGGCAAAGUCAGAAGGCGGCGACUCCUCGCCCACCACCCCAGAGUCUGUUUCCAGCAUGGAUGCCGAUGAUGUCCAGGAGCCCAUCCUGCCUCACUUCCUCGCCGAUGACCCCACGGACACCAUUCCCCGGAUCACAAAGGCCACCAUGAUUGAUCUCUUGGACGGAAAGUACAGUGACAAGUUCGACCAGAAGAUGAUCAUUGACUGCCGGUUCGAGUACGAGUACGACGGAGGACACAUUGACGGAGCUGUCAACUACAACAGCAAGGACCUACUCGCCUCCCAGCUGAUCCAACACCCCAUGCAAGGAAGAACAAUUCUCAUCUUCCACUGCGAAUACUCGGCGCACCGCGCCCCCAUGAUGGCUCGCCAUAUCCGCUCCGAGGACAGGACUGUCAACGCCGAGCACUACCCGCGACUCACAUACCCUGACGUGUAUAUUCUUGAAGGAGGAUACAGCGGCUUCUACGCCGAGCACCCUUGCCGUUGCUAUCCCCAAAACUAUGUGGAAAUGUCGGAUGAGGCUCACCAGCGCACCUGCGAACGCGAACUUGGCCGCCUCAAGAACCCUCGCAAGGGCUUCGGCAGAGCGCAAACGUUCGCCUUUGGCUCGCGCGACUCCUGCGUGGACCAAUCACCCACAGCUCCCGCGCGCCCCAGUGGCCUCAGACCCAGCAUCAGCUUCCGACAAGAUCCCAUCGCCAUGAUUGGCAACUCUCCAAUCCUCGGCGAACGAUGCCAUGCACGACGCAUGGCGUCUUACUAGCACAUACAUCUUUUUGCGCCCCUCUCACACACACCCACUGUCUGCUGCACAUUGUGGAGGGGUGAGAUCUCCUUGCUUGGCAAGGGGGGGAAUUCGAGGUCUCCGCAGACUUCGAAGCUGUCCAUUGUUUUGUCGACUAUUUGCUCGACAUCCCUAAUAGGGCGAACCACAGCAGCCUGAUUGUCGAUGUUUUUCGCGUCUCUUCCUGCACAUGUUCAACAAACCCCUAUUCGAUUCGACUGCCUAUAUUUCCACCCUUACCAAUCCGGACUACACAGCAGCUAACGCAACGCUCACGGCCGCGAUGACUUCAAUUGUUACGCUAAUAGAACUUCGUUAUGAGCCUCGUUCUGCAACUUGAACAUACAACAAAACCAACAACCCGGCAUUAGACGCAUUUGGCAUAUUUGUCCCCGCAUCGCCUCGAUAUGGUUGUACGGAGUCCACUUUGGAUCUGGCAUCUUGGGGUGGCUCCCUGUCGGCAUUUUUACAGCAUUGUCCUCGGUUUUUUUUUUGUUUCUUUUUCCUUUGUCAAAGACUUCUGCAUCCCGCCGAGGAGGAUGGUCCUCAACCAAACACACACCUAUACCAACAAACAAACGACAACGACAACAUCACCACCGCUUGUCUGUCUCCACAGAUUUCGGACGCGGGAGCAUUUCAGUAUGACGUCUCGGUCUGUCUGCUCUUCUGUCGGAAUCUCCACAUAUUUUCGGAGCAUUAUUUCUCGGACCAUUCCUCCCUCGGCGGACCCUUUUUCCUUUGUGCUCAACUCGGUCCAUUGACCAUCUUCACCUGAUACCACACACCUUUCUAUCCAAACGCCGGAUACCCGACAUCCUUGUCAUCGGAUGGCACUCACAGACCUCUCGACACCCCAUUCCCUUUACAUUUUUUCAAAACAGAAGCCCCACGGACCUUUUUUUUCUUCCGAUGGUUGAGCUUUAUGGAGGACUCCACCUCCUUGUGUAUAUUGUAGGAGUAGCUGCGAAAGAACGCAUGCAAAGAGCGGAGAAGCUAGUACAGUGGAUGAAAAGCAGUUGCUUGGGAAUGCCUUGUAACAUUGGCCAAUGGGGGAGAUAGCACUGCAAGCUUGGAAGCUGGAUUGGUGCAAUAACGGCAUGGGUGAAUCCAUUGCCUCUUUCUGUACAGUACUGGCGAUGCAAAGACAAAAAUUGCCAACCAAACACCAAUGAUCCAUGGUCGGAUCAUUGUGGGCUAGCUC